AUGGCUUCUGCUCUCGGUGGCGGCGGCGGAUACCGGGCAGCCCCCGCCCGAGUGACAGCAUGGACCGAGCAGCGGCUGCCGACUGCGGCGGCAUGGAACAUGUCUGAGACUGACUUCGCGCAGCAGGGAUUGACGGGUCGCGGCAGAACGCUGAUGCGGCACAUGGGUGAGUAUGUGGCGGCGGCCGAAGCGCCAGCGAGCCGCUGCGGCGACCUCGCGGAGGAGUUCGUCGCGGGAUUCGUGCCACCCGAGUGCGCCGUCACCGCACCCGAGCCCGAGCUCUACUCGCCGCUCCUCGACCACUUCGCAGACGACCGCUCUCACGAGGGAGAGUUCGCCCAGCUCGGCUGGCCGUGCGGCGAGGAGGCUGACGAGGCUGAGGUGGAGGCGGCGAUCGGCGGCAACUUUGAGGCGCUGACCGACUCGGAGCGACCGCUCUUCGAUCUGCUCAACACCGUGCUCGACUGCUGCAGCCCAGAUGUCUGCUGUACCAUUGCGGACCUGCCGUACAAGUGGAACGGCAAAGCAUUGGACGGCUACUUUGAGGGCCCCUUUGAGGUGGCGGGCUCCUUUUCCGAGCUCUUCAUGAUGCAGAUGCUGAGCGGCGUCGAGGCGGCGUGGGGAAAGCUCGAGAGACCUCAGGUGAAGGCUCUCUACCUGGUCGAGGGCCGGCGAACAUGGCUCGCCACGCGCUGGGCGGGCGCGCGUCGCUGGGGCUCGCAGGGGCUCGCGCAUGUCCUCGCGGUCUUCGAGCAGCGCGUCACCGGCGUCAGGCUCGAGGGCGUGCGGCACCCGCUCGAUGCUCUCGAUGCUGGUCGCGACGUCUUCGUCGGCAUGUUCGGCUCGCGCUUCAACCUGCUCUUCUACCAGGCGCUGCUUCACUCCAACUGGCUGGCAAGGGAUUGGGACAUCAACUCGGCGCCUCCUGGCUCGCACAUUGCCUUUGAGCUCCACGAGACCGUCGGCGCGAGCGGCAUCGCCAACCGCACGGUGCGGGGCGUCUUCACGGCAGCCUCGAUCGACCAGAUGGAGAGACAGAUGCCGUUGGCACCGCCCGCCGACCCGCCCGGGACCUCCGUCUUCCUUCGGAUGGAUUGGGAGGACUUUCGCCUGCUGGUGCUCGGGGCGGUAGACUCGAGAUGCGUCACGUUUCCGCUGAGGCGCGAGAUCGAGCGGAUGAAGGAGGGACCGACGGUCCCGCCGGAGGACGACCUGCGCCUGCCCGACCUGGCCUCCCUCUACUUUGCGGACGCAGCGGAGGGCUGGUCGCAGGCCGACUUUGAGGGGGCGCAUAAUGAGUGGGAGUCAUCCAUCGCCGCUGCCGCAACCCACGAAACAGCAGCCCACGAAACACACUUGCAGACGACGCCGGUGCCGGUCCCGCCGCCGGCCACGCCUCUGCAACUGUGCAGCCCGAUCAAGGCAGCUUCUGGUGUGAGCGCAACCACCACCGCGGCCGGCUACACGCACAUUGACGCAGGCUCAUGCGAAGAUUACGGCUGCCGCGCACCAGCCACCGCGGAAGAAUGCCUCGCGGCUGUUGACGGCGGAUCGCCCCUGUACCGCGCGCCAAAGCGGAGCAGGGGCACCGACGGUCCGUACUCGGCCUGCGACUACAAGGCCUCGGCUGCGCAGGUGACGUGGCGGGAGGGGCGCUCCGCCAAGUGCGGCGAGGGCAAGUACCCGUGCAUCUGUCUCUGCGAGGCCUGCCCUGGCGGCCUGCCGUGCCCUCAGUGCGGAGAGGCGGCCUGUGAGUGCCCCGCGCUCUUUGCUCCAGACAGCCACCCCCACACGACUGGCAAGCUCAAGGCGUCCAUCGAAGAGGUGAUUGAGCAGAUCGAGGAUGACGGUGGCAGCAGCCCGAGCUCGGCGAGCUUGAUCGACGCCAGCGGCGACGUGGAGAGCAGGGCGGCCCCGCCGGCGACCCCGCUGACCGACGCCACGGUGGCGGCGGCGCUCGCCCUGGUGGCGUGGGGCGCGCACGAAGUCGCGCACGUCUCGUGCCGCUUGGAGCAUUUGGAGUUCGCCCGUAUGCCUCUCCGCCGCCUUCUCGGCGCGUGCGGCGGCGCGUGCGCCACACGGACGUGUCCAACGAUCGCCGCCACGAUCCCCUCGCCGAUUCGAGGUGGCGUUGCUGGCUCUGUGCUGGCGAUGCACAGGUUGCUCCUCUACGCUCUCGUUGCCAUGAACGGCGGUCCCUUCUCGACCGACCCAGUGUUGCAAAUGGCGCGCCUCGCCUGGUUCCUCCGUGAUUCGGGCGGCGCUGGGAUCAACCUGCAGACGGCAAACGUCGCGAUGGUGCUCGACCCGUGGUGGAGCCCGGCCAUCGAGCGGCAGGCACAGGACAGGAUCUGGCGGCUGCGUUCGCCGUACGACGAGAUCUUCUGCUACUCCUUCCUUGCUGGCGAGACGGUCGACGAGUACGUGCAGGCGAAGAAGGAGGAGAAGGAGGAGAUUGCCGCAGACACGAUCGAACGCGUCGCCGACUGCGCGCCGCCGCUCUCCGAUGCUGCUGGAGGGAAGAAGGGCGAGCCGGCCGAGCGGGCGGUGGUCAAGCAGCUUUCCGAGGCGGGAUACGACAGCAAGGCGCCCGCCCUCCAGCCGCACCAGACGUUUGGCGUGUGCUGGCUGGUACGGCAGGAGGCCGGCGACAACCCGCUGGCGAAAGGCGUGCAAGGAGGGCUGCUUGCCGACGACAUGGGACUGGGGAAGACGCUGCAGCUCCUGUGCACGAUUGCACUCGGCGGGUCGCUGCCGACGCUCGUCAUCUGCCCGCUCGCAGUCUUCAACUCUUGGGAGAAGGACGCGGCAAGGCUGAGCGCGGGGGAGCUGCAGAGGAUGCAGGCGGCGGCGAGCGCGGCCGGCAGGAAACUGGUGCUCGUCACCAACUACGAGACGUUCAGGAACCGGGUGGCUGCGCUGCAGGACAUCGCCUGGGAGCGGCUCGUCGUGGACGAGUCGCACAAGCUGAACAACCGCGCCAACGGUAUCCUGCACCUGGCCGUCAGUUCGGCUCUGACGCCCGACGAGCUCAACGAGCGGGCAAAGGUGGGAGGGAGGGAGCUGGACUGCAAGAUCCGGUGGUGCGUCACAGGGACGCCGGUGACAAACAAGCUGGAGGACUGGACCGCGCAGUUGGCGACCAUCGGUGCGACGGUGGCACAGCAGGAGGUCAUGCCCACUCUGGUGGGUAGCGACGCGCUGCACGGGCUGGCGCUCCGACGCACCAAGCUGGGCGUGAAGGCGGCGUCGGGUACCAAGCUCCCCCGCUGCUUUGUGCGCGCGCACUGGUCGGCGCUGCCGCCAGAGGAGCAGCAGAAGUACUUCGAGGAGCUCAGCAAGAGCGGGGGGCUUGGAAAGUGGGUCCGCGGCCGCAUGCUCACCACCGUGCAUGCUGAGAAGAAGGAGAGCAAGGAGGAGAGCAAGGACGCGCCCUCGGCCACGGCGUGGGUGCGCAACGAGACAGGGCGGCUGGCGCGGCCAGGACCGAAGUAG